GCGGUCCUCCGGGGCAGGCCGGGAAUCGGGGCGGGAUCGCCGAGUCCCGGGGCGGGGCAACGCGCGCUGCUGCAGCAUGGGACCCCUGCCGCGCACCCUGGAGCUCUUCUACGAUGUGCUGUCGCCCUACUCCUGGUUGGGCUUCGAGGUCCUGUGCCGGUAUAAGAACAUCUGGAACAUCAACCUGCAGUUGCGCCCCAGCCUCAUUGCGGGGAUCAUGAAAGACAGUGGAAACCAGCCACCAGCUCUGCUUCCCCGCAAAGCCCAAUAUCUGAGAAAUGAUGUUAGGCUCCUGGGACAGCAUGUCCAGAUUCCUGUGCAGUUCCCCAAGGAUUUCUUCUCUGUGAUCCUUGAAAAAGGAAGUUUAUCAGCCAUGAGAUUCCUCACCGCUGUGAGCAUGGAGCACCCAGAGAUGCUGGAGAAAGUGUCCAGGGAACUAUGGAUGCGUGUCUGGUCACGGGAUGAAGACAUCUCGGAGCCCCAGAGCAUCCUGGCCGCUGCAGAGAAAGCUGGCAUGUCUACAGAACAAGCCCGGGGACUCCUGGAAAAGAUCUCAACACCAAACGUGAAGAACAAGCUCAAGGAGACCACCGAGGCAGCCUGCAAAUAUGGGGCUUUUGGGCUGCCGAUCACUGUGGCCCAUCUGGAUGGCCAAACCCACAUGCUGUUUGGCUCUGACCGGAUGGAGUUGCUGGCACACCUGCUGGGAGAGAAGUGGAUGGGCCCUGUGCCUCCAGCCAUAAAUGCCAGACUUUAAGGCUUCCCAAGGGGAAGCAAAACUAUUGGGAUGAAAAAGCAGACCUUCUGCUUCCCCUUCUUCCAUUGUGUGACCCUAGGACUCUGAUUUCUCUGUCUGAUAGAGGUUCCUCUGUGGCCCUGGGGGAUGCUGUGGAGGGGGUGGCGUGAUACCCCAAACUCUCCUUUCCCUCAGAAUAAACUUAAUGCCAUCAGGCAUAAUAUUUCUGGG